AUGUUGAAUGAUGCUGGUGAAGAAAUCACAUGCAGCAUCCCUGUCGUUGACGUUCAUGAAUUAUUGGACCACCUCCAUGAGGAGAUGCAGGUACAGUGCCCUCAGGAUGCUGUUAAGUUUUUCUGGCAACAUCUGCGGGAGAACGGGAACGAGCAUGCGCAAAAUUUGGGAACAGAUGAGCACAUUCCGUUCAGCCUGUAUGGGGACGAGGCUUGCCUGACGAUGGGGGACCCGAAGGACAAAGUGACUGGGAUCUACCUGACUCUGACGUUAUUCAGGCCUAAGUGCAUGAGAGAGUCGCUAUUUUUGCUCUGUGCCAUUCAAGACAAGUACAUGGUGCACGAUCAGCUACGUACGUUGCUGCCAAUACUUCGCCACAUCACCUGGAGUUCAAACAUAGCCUACGAUGGCAGAUGGCCAACUUGCGAUGCCAGUGGCAAGCGCUUCGACUCAUCAUCUCGGAAGGCCAAGCUUGCAGGCCAGGCAAUGGCUGCCCGGUUCGCCUGCAGUGAACUCCGAGGAGAUUGGAAAUGGUUCGAAAGAACUUUGCGACUACAUCAUACGCCUACGUCCACAAGGUUCUGUUUUCUCUGCCUGGCCGAAGCCCAGGACAACCCUAUGAGAUACUAUGAUCUGGGAGAUCAGGCGCCGUGGGUUGGUUCCGAGGUCAACACUGCAACCUUCUUGGUGGAUGUCCUUCGAAAGCAAGGGCCUUUGAGACUCUCAGUGCUUGACAAAUUUCAAAGCCUGCAAGCUCUGAUCAGCGCUGGCGUAUUUGGUGACCCAAGCACAGAGUCACUGAAGGACAUCAUGGCUAAGGCAUUCCUCAACUUCAAAUCGUGGAAGCGCAGGGUUCGCAUCCCCUGCAGCCAGAAAGCCUUUGCCCCGGGAUCUUUGCUCAAGAAGCAGCAUGGAUACUACCUCACUUGCAAGGCGUACAAUGGCAGGGUUGUUCUGAUUUGGCUCACCCAGCUUUGUGCUGACGCUUCGAGAGGGGCUCCUGCUGACUCAGUCUUGCCUCUGCAUGACCGAGCUCUCCCGCUGGUUCGGCCUCUCUGA